CAUACGCGUCCACUGAUAGAUUACGCUCCAAGAGCAAAGGGAGAGUGGAAAUCAAUUGUGCGCGAUCACUGACAAACCAGAUGGUCUGUUUGGCUGCGCGUGGACACAUUCCCAUAGUUACAGCCUGAAUCGGCAGGCAUACGGGACUCGUCUAGGAAUACUUUCGCCGUACGUUGGUUUUAGGGACAUUUUUUUCUGAUUUUUAAAGGCUUCCAAUUUUUAAACAGCGUAGACGAUGUAUCCAAGAGGAAAGGAAACGAUUUGGGCGCUUGGCUUUUUCACGCUGCUCCUUUUAAACACUGUAACAGGCUCGUUCCCUAAAGCUCAAAAUGUUUCUUGGUCCUCUAUCAAUUUUAAAACGCUGCUGUUGUGGAGCCCCAAACCUGAUGGCUAUUCAUACACAGUAGAAUUUUCACGUCUCGGCCAGAACAGAGACAGAAGCCCGCACUGUAUCCAGACGUCAGAGACUGAGUGUGACCUCACACAGCAGCUCAAGAACCUCAAGCACAUAAGGGAAACGUAUACCGCUGUCGUUCAGUCAGAAUCUGCACGGGGGGUCCCGUCCGACAUAGUGGAGCCUCCCUAUACAGAAUCCAAAAAGUUCUGCCCCUACACAGACACUCUCAUUGGUAAACCUGAUUUCAACUUCACCGUGAGCGGCAGGAAGAUCACCAUCAAUGUCAUUGACCCGCUCACUGCCCUCUUUAAUGGCCAGAACCAGCGUAUGAGCAUUCGGGAUAUCUUCGGAGAUGAUCUGCAAUACAGUGUCAUGUACCGGAGGGCAGGAAGCACCGGGAAGAAGCGCCAGACGUCUGCAACGAAUGUCAUCGAGCUGGCCAACGUAGACAAAGGGGAAAGCUACUGCCUUAUGGUGCAGGCAGCGAUUCCGUCUCGUGGCUUAGACAAACAGUACGGGGAGCUCAGCCACACCAAGUGCACUCCUGACAACAACAAGGGCAUCUUUGAUGAGUAUGGCAUCGGUGCGAUUGCCGGCGUCAUCUUCACCAUCCUGGCCAUCAUCAUCAUCGCCAUCGUGGUGAUGGUGGUGUGCUGCAAGCGCCGGCGGAAGGAAAAGUCGGGAAAAGAGGGCAUCGUGUGAGGGCAGCGAGCGAAGAGGGCAUCGUGUGAGGGCAGCGGGCCGCGUAGCAGUCAGCUUCUGUCUCGCGUGGGCGGAAUUUGCACAGUCUGGCUGAUCCGGGCUCGACCCGAUCCGAGAGAGAGUGGACGCGGGGGCCAUCUUCAGUUGAACAUUCCACUGUAAAACACUGGAAUAUACCAUCUGGUUUCUGUGAAACUACACAAGUACAUGUGCUAGACAUAUGAUUUUGAAAAAUCUGAAUGCUGAAUUCACUGUGUUUAAAACAAGUAGGUGUGGGGAUUGGUGCUCAAACUAUCUGCUGUUGGGAUGACUUUCUUCUUUUUAAUGGAUUGAUAUAAGCACUACACUCUUAUUCUAUAUUUAUAUUUAUGAGGCUUUUUUUAACUGUCUAACUUGAGUGUUAUUUGGCACUUGCUGGGUGAAUUUUGGGGGCUGUGUAGAUGCAAAUGUGAUGUCUCAAUCAGACUACUCUAUUUUUAUAAAUAGUUCAUUGUGAUAUUUAUUUUUUUAGGUUUUGCAGAAAUGUUAUUUGUAUAUUAUAUAUAUUAUGGGAAGAGUGGUAAAUUGUUAAUAUGCUAACUCAAAUCUCGGAUGCACAAUGAUAGUGAAAACAAUCUUCAGAAAUCCACAGAUAAUUUUAUUUUCUAUGUGUAUGUCAAUAGUAUGUAUCCAUGCUUUUAAUAUAUCUUUGGGAGCUCUUUAAGCAUUUUAAGCAUUCUGGUUACACAUUAAUGCAUCAAAGUGACAAUACUACUGAAGUAUUCCUCUGGAUUAUGGUACUAACUUUGUAAUUUUACUUUUUAUACAGAAAAUAAAGAGACAUGAUUAGACUCUGAA